CGGACCCAUCCACGCGGCCAACGGAAAUGGCGGCACUUUGGACCCUGGUGCGGUGUCUAUGAUUUUCUGCUCAUCCUAGAAUCACAAUGUACGAGUACUAGUACUAGCAGUACCAUACUCGUACAUGUCUUGAAUUGCCUGCCGUCCAGCCGGUUGGUUAUUCACUGCCAUCAAUAACUUCAUACCCUUUCCCCUAGGGGAGGAAGGAUAAAGAAGGAUCCGCCCUUCUCACUGCUGACAUCCGAUGUCCGUGGGAGGAACGAUAAUAAUAUUCUUUUUUCCCGGUGUCGGGGAAUUGUUAAUUACAGGUACCCUCGUUCUACCCGUCGCCACUCUUUCCCGAAACCUUUUUGUUUGUUCUUGUUCAUUCAUAAUAGCCCUUUGCUUGCACACCGAGAGAAAAGAAUCACGAAAUGCGUUCCCCGGGUUUGUGUUUGCUGGCGGCUGCAGCAGCUAUCACUGCCUCUGCUAGUGAUGUCAAAGGAAAAGUAUUCAACCGCUUCGUCACUAUUUGGCUCGAGAAUACUGAUUAUGAUAAAGCGGCUGGGGAUCCAAACCUCUCGUGGCUUGCGACAAAGGGCAUACUCUUGUCGAAUUAUUUUGCCCUCACUCAUCCUAGCGAGCCCAACUAUGUCGCUUCGGUUGGUGGUGAAUACUUUGGUAUAA